ACAGCAGCGUCGUCGACGGCAGAUAGAUUGCUCCUGAAGAAGAAGAAGAGGGGAAACGGAGCCUAUCGAGUGGACGUGAAGACGUAGCUGCUGCCUCUGCUGCUGCUUCUGCCGCUGCCGCUGUCGCUGCUGCUAAAUAAUGAGUCGUCAUGAAGGUGUGAGCUGCGAUUCAUGUCUAAAAAGCAACUUCAAUGGACGGCGAUACAAGUGCUUAAUCUGCUAUGAUUAUGAUCUAUGCGCCGAUUGCUAUGAGGAUGGCGUCACAUCCACUCGACAUCUGGUCGAGCAUCCCAUGCAAUGCAUUCUCACCCGUUCCGAUAUCGAAUUGUAUUUUGGCGGCGAAAUGCUAACAACGGAUCAGCCGCAAUCCUUCACGUGUCCUUAUUGCAAAAAGAUGGGCUUCAGCGAUGCCACAUUGCUGGAGCAUGUGUCCGCUGAGCACACGGAGACCAGUCUUGAGGUCGUCUGUCCUGUGUGCGCCGGUUUGCCAGGCGGGGAGCCGAAUCUAGUCACAGAUGACUUUGCCGGUCAUCUCACAUUGGAGCAUCGGCAGCCACGCGAGUUAAUAUCCUUUUUGGAUGAGCCGUCGGCUAUACGACAUGGCGGUGGAGUGCGUCGCAUUCCAGGACGCACAUUGGGCGGACCGCGGACACGGCGAUCCAAUAUGCACUUUAGCUCAUCGAGCGGACUGUCGGCCUUGUCGCCGUCGGGUCGCGAAUCUGUCGAUCCCAUUGCGGAGCUGCUCUCACAGCUGUCCGGCGUCAGACGUGGCGGACCCCCAACAUCGCAAUUGCAACAAUUGCAGAUGCAAAUGCAAAUGGAUCGACAGCAGGCAACGGCAUCGCGCCAAAUUGAUCGGCUGCCAAGACGCACGCAUCCCAUAGUCUCAACAUCGAAUUCUAAUGCCACCAUGGCCGAGGUGAUCAGCGGAAGCGGCAGCGGUGCAGUUGGCAAUGGCGCUGGUAGCGGUGCCAGUGGUGUGAGCGGACAUCCCAACCUGCGCACCAGCGAAUGGCCGGUGGGCACAAGCUUUGCAUCGACCAGCAGCCAUCAGCAGACGCAGUCGAGCAGCCUGGCCGCCAAUACACUCAACGCCAGAGAAGCGGUGGGCAACAGUUGCAUCAGCAGUGGCAGCGGUGGCAGCAGCAAUGCUUUGGGCAUUAGUGUCGGCACUGGCGGCACCUCAACGGUCAAUGGCAGCGGCAACAGCGGUGCCAUGGCUAGCCAGGCUGUUGGCCAAGCUGCAGCUGGCGAGUCAUCGCAGUCCCAGUAUUUGCUGGCCAAAUUUAUGCAGCCCACGCUGACAGAUGCCGAGUGGGCGGAUGUUGAGCGCAAACGCGCCGAUCGCUCCACGUUUGUGCAGUCGCUGCUUCUAUCGCUGCUUUGCACGGAGGAGUUGGACUUGAAUGCGGCCAGCGAUGAUGGCGAUUGUUUGGCCAAGAGUGAUAAUGUAAAUAAGGAGCAAAAUAAUGGCGACAGCCAAAAGCAACAUCAGCAGCAGCAGGAGGAACAGGAUACGCUGCUCAAUAACAAUGCUGACGAACAGCAGCAACAGCAACAACAGCCGCAGCAGCAGCAGCAGCAACGCGCUGUGGUACGACAGGUGAAUCAAAUGCAACAGACCUCGCCGGAGGAUUUCGUAUGCGACGAAUAUCGCUACAAAAACAAAAAGGCCAACAAUACAGCAGCAACAACACAAACGAGCGCUGGUACAGCAGCAACUGGCGGUGGCGUCGGAGGAGGGGGAGGUGUUGGUGGAGGCAUUGCAGCGGCAGCAGCCAGUGCAGCUGGUGCUGGCGGCAGGCCAACAGCAGCUGAUCGAGGUGGCAUCGAAAGACGAGGCCGAGCACAGCCAGCAGAGACUGCCACGGGUUCACAGCAGCAGCAACUGCAACAGCAGCAGCAGCAACAAAAAUACAAACAAAAUGCAAAUGCGGCGUCAAACACAAAUCAAAUACCCGAUACUAGGUAGUGUCUCUGUGACUAUACAGCGGCAACAUUAAUCACAGCAACCACAUCAACAACAACAACAAGAAGAACAACAGCAAGACGUAGAUGCUUCAGACUAAAGAGAGAGGCAGAAAUAUGUCGAACACCAUCAACAACAGCAAAAGGAACACAAC